GGAUGAGCUACUUUUUCAUGUCUUGAAUAAUUACACCUUUUUAGUCCCCCUACUCUCACCCGCACUAUUUUCUUCCUCUCAUCCAUUCUACUCUAUUGUGCGUGCUUAGGACGACCAACAUUGUUGUAUUACUGCAAUGACAGCAGUAUAGAGGAUCCGGUCUUAACCAUCAAUAAACUACUUGUCACGGACGCAACAUACCUACGCUUGCAUGAGAUGUCGGAACCCCGCCUUUUCACGGUUCGACCACUUUCAAAGCAAGCGAGAAAUGACUAUAGAGAUGCGUUCCGUGUUUAUUUAUCAUCUUCGUCACUGGCUGCUCUUAAACUCCGAGCCGGGGAUGCUUGCACUGUGAAUCACUCCGGCGACUGCACGAAGACCGCCAUAGUUUGGAAUGCCACCGAAAACAUACAGAACACAGUCGUACAGACCUCCAGGACACUCCAGGAUUGCUAUGACAUUAAGCUUGGUGAGAAGGUCUCUAUCUCAAGAAUCGAUGGUCCCUUAGAAGAGAUCGAAUCAGUUUCUCUGGUGGAAUGUUCUGAUAUCGACCGAAUUACAAGAUAUGGACCCCUUCCCCCUACGGAGAGACAUCACUGGGGCUGGGCUUUGGAGUUUCCUCUUUCUAGAUGUGAUGCUGUCGCUAUUGGUCUUAUAUUUGAUUUAGAGCUCAAGGGCCAACGAAGAAGCUUCAAAGUAGCAACUAUGCGGGCUUUGAAUCGAAGUACUAAUAGCACAUUAUUGCGGUUUACCGAAAACUCCAAAGCUUUUAUUGGGACCGAUUUAGAUGGAGAGAAGGGAGCCCAAAGAUUCAAUAUCCAAGUACAGCCAUCUGGCUUGGGUGGAUUAGGCCGCCAGAUUGAUAGUGUUAACCAGUGUCUUGCUGACUUCAACUUGGGCUCAGGAAAUGUGGCGAUGCCUUCUUUCUACGAGCCUACUCGAGGCGUGCUUCUUUAUGGCCCAAAGGGAACAGGCAAAACUUCCCUCCUCCGCCAAAUACAAGCUGCCGGUUGGAGAAAAGCAUUCAAUAUAGGCUCUUCCACGUUCAGUAGGAAUAUUGGCGAUAGCGAAGCUAAGCUACGCAAUAUUUUCCAAGAAGCAAUUCGUUGUCAGCCGAGUGUUGUGGUAAUCGACCAGUUGGAAUUCAUUGCCCCUAAGCGCACAUCAUUGGAUUCCCAGUCUCUGACGUCUGUUCUAUGUGAAUGUUUAGACCUUGCGAAAGGCGCUCUGGUUUUGGUUGUAGCAGCAUCUCGGCACCCCAACGAAGUCGAUGACGCUUUGAGGACUCCACAUCGACUAGCGAUUGAGAUUGAACUCCAUAUCCCUACAACCCAUGAUCGAGCCCAGAUCCUGCGUGCUAUUUGCGGAUAUCAAUCUCCCGUAAUAAAUGAUACUCUCAUAGCUGUGAUGGCGGAAAAGACUCACGGCUAUGUUGGUGCCGAUCUGUUUGCUUUGCUCCAACUCGUUUGCCGCAAGGCGCGCCAGAGACAGAUCGACGUUCAAUCAAACGACUGGCCUUCAGGACACGCGUCCAUGUUUUCCAGUGACUCAAGUGAAAACACCACCCUCAAGGAAACUGUGCCUUUGGAAGUCCAAGAAGCCGACGUAUUAUCGGCCAUACAAGAAAUUCGUCCCACUGCGAUGCGGGAGAUUUUCUUAGAGACACCGAAAGUGAGAUGGUCAGACAUUGGAGGACAGCAUGAAAUCAAACGGCGCCUCCAAAAGGCCGUUGAAAGGCCUCUAAUGUAUCCGGAACGAAUGAGGAGGCUUAAUGUAAAUAGUAAGAAAGGCAUUCUGCUAUACGGACCACCGGGUUGCUCUAAGACCUUGACUGUCAAAGCGCUUGCUACUGAAGCGGGCCUGAAUUUCAUGGCCGUGAAAGGUGCGGAAGUACUGAGUAUGUAUGUUGGGGAGUCGGAACGGGCCCUGCGGGACAUCUUCCGAAAGGCGCGAUCUGCAAGGCCUAGUAUCAUUUUUUUCGAUGAGAUUGAUGCGAUUGCUUCAAAGCGCAAUAGCACAUCCCAAGGGGGGGUCAACGUGCUCACCACUUUGCUGAACGAGAUGGAUGGAAUCGAGGAGUUAAAGAGUGUCUUGGUGGUGGCCGCGACUAAUAAACCCGAGGUAAUUGACCCUGCCUUGAUGCGCCCGGGUCGUUUAGACAAUCUUCUUUACAUUGGCCCCCCUGAUUUUGAGGCGCGGAAAGAGAUCUUUAAUAUUUGGUGUCGCAAAUCUGUUGUCCACCCUGGGGUAAGUUUGGAAGAACUGGCCGGUAAGACUGACGGCUACUCGGGGGCAGAAAUCGUGAGCAUUUGCGAGACUGCCGGAGAUGCUGCACUGGACGAGGAGGAAGAGACGGGUCAGACACAGGAGAUUCGGUGGGAACACUUCGAAAUGGCGCUCAAGCAAGUUAAGAGGCAGAUCACGGACAGUGUCAUCCAGCAGUACGAGCGAUGGGGGGAGUCAGUUGACAUUUAAUUUAGACUUGUGAUAGUCGUACUAUGUACAAACACUUUUCUUCGUUGGAUUGUUC